AGAAUGGCAGUUGGACACAGCCUGCCUGCCGGUGCUCCGCCCCUGCCCCGCGCUUGACCGACGCCAAUGAGAAGCGCUCCUAAGGCAAUUGAUGGUUGAAAGAACCAAUCCCACUCCUCCAGGGCGGGAGCGCACGUAGAGCAGCUGGGUGGGCUCCGAAGUUGCAGCUCCUCCGGCUCCGGGACCUUUAGGGUCUCUUCGCGUGCCUUCUAUUGAAGAGCAGGAACUGACGGUUGUUUUAAGUCUCUCACUUCCAGAAAGUUUCCUGGGGACCUGUCCCGUCGGAAAGUCGAGGGGCAGUUGUCUUGGUAUUUGAAAAGGGGGUAUCCAGUGAGGCGGAGCUUGAGGGGGGUGGUGUCGAGUGAUUGAUAAAGCUGUCAACCAAUAAGGCUACUAUCGCUCGCCUCAGGAAAACCACGACUCCAGCUGGAUGUGCGCAUAAUAGUGUAAUCACUCAUAAUUCUAUUUUGUUUAAUAAAAUAAUUCGUUCUUGAGACUAGACGUCUCGAAAGCGAAGACUGGCACUCCUCAGUCUACCACGGACUGCUCGCAGGCCGAUACUGAACAGAAGUACUCUUAUCAAGGAGGCGUCACCUCUGGGCAAGCCUAGCAUCAGUCCAUUGACCCCCUACAGUCACCAUGAUAGACGUUCUCCCAGACCAACAGCUUCCUUUGGCUCGAGGCGGGUCUUACGUGGAGGGCCUAUGGAUCUACGUCGGCUCAGCCAAUAGGGUCAGGGCAGGGGGCGUGGCGGGAAGUUUGAAACUGGUAACUUCGGGAGUUGCGCCACGAGCUGUUGUGCACCCAGAGGUGGAAUUGGAGCCCGGCAUUCCUUCCUCUUCCCGGGCUGGCCCUUGCCCCUACCCUGCAACUCCUGGUUGAGAUGGGCUCAGCCAAGAGCGUCCCAGUCACACCAGCGCGGCCUCCGCCGCACAACAAGCAUCUGGCUCGAGUGGCGGACCCCCGUUCACCUAGUGCUGGCAUCCUGCGCACUCCCAUCCAGGUGGAGAGCUCUCCACAGCCAGGCCUACCAGCAGGGGAGCAACUGGAGGGUCUUAAACAUGCCCAGGACUCAGAUCCUCGCUCUCCUACUCUUGGUAUUGCUCGGACACCUAUGAAGACCAGCAGUGGAGACCCCCCAAGCCCACUGGUGAAACAGCUGAGUGAAGUAUUUGAAACUGAAGACUCUAAAUCAAAUCUUCCCCCAGAGCCUGUUCUGCCCCCGGAGGCACCUUUAUCUUCUGAAUUGGACUUGCCUCUGGGUACCCAGUUAUCUGCUGAGGAACAGAUGCCACCUUGGAACCAGACUGAGUUCCCCUCCAAACAGGUGUUUUCCAAGGAGGAAGCAAGACAGCCCACAGAAACCCCUGUGGCCAGCCAGAGCUCUGACAAGCCCUCAAGGGACCCUGAGACUCCCAGAUCUUCAGGUUCUAUGCGCAAUAGAUGGAAACCAAACAGCAGCAAGGUACUAGGGAGAUCCCCCCUCACCAUCCUGCAGGAUGACAACUCCCCUGGCACCCUGACACUACGACAGGGUAAGCGGCCUUCACCCCUAAGUGAAAAUGUUAGUGAACUAAAGGAAGGAGCCAUUCUUGGAACUGGACGACCUCUGAAAACUGGAGGACGAACAUGGGAACAAGGCCAGGACCAUGACAAGGAAAAUCAGCACUUUCCCUUGGUGGAGAGCUAGGCCUUGCAUGGCCCCAGCAAUGCAAUCACCCAGGGCCUGGUGGUAUCUGUGUCCUCUCACCCCUUCUUUCCCAGGGAUACUGAGGAAAGGCUUGUUUUCUUAGACUCCUCCUCAACUACCCAACUGGGACUCAGAGCUUUAUUGGGCUUUCUUUGUGUCUUGUGUGUUUCUUUUAUAUUAAAGGAAGUGAUUUUAAAUGUUACUUUAAAAAGGUAUA